AUGAGACCCUCUGUCCUGUCCGUGCUGCUGGCCGUGGCGCUCCUCUCCGAGUGCUUCCCACCAUCCGGCUCCACCCCGCUGAGCAAGGCCGAGGACUCCGGCCUGGAGCCAGAUGCACUGCUCGCCGACGAUCCAUCCGAAGACCUUGCCCACCUGGGGAGCACCAGGAUCAUCGUGGUGGGCGACGCGGGGCUCUGGAGGGGCAUGAGGGGUCUGGACAGACUGCCGCUGUACAGGCAGAGUGUCCUGGAGCGCAGGGAGGGGAAGGAUGCCCAGGACACCGGCGUCUCCGUCUACAGGAGGGACACCAUGAGGUGCAUGGUGGGGAGGGUGUACCGGCCAUGCUGGGAGGCCUAGAGAGAUCUCUGUGCCUGCUGCCUUCCAGGCCUCCACCCUGGACCCUCCACCCAGGACCCUCCA